AUGAAUCACGAUCCCUUUAGCUGGGGUAGACCCUCUGAGCAGACAUAUGGUCAAUACGAUCAUUCCAUUGCACAAGCCAGUAUUCCAAAGAUGAACACACAGGAUCCAAUUGUCACAGGUACAUCCGUUAUAUCGAUGAAAUACAACAACGGAGUUGUUAUUGCUGCUGAUAACCUGGCUGCUUACGGCUCGUUGCUGAGAUUUAAUGGUGUUGAGAGAUUGAUUCCUGUUGGUGAGAACACUAUUGUUGGUGUUUCUGGGGAUGUAUCAGAUAUGCAACAUAUUGAAUACUUGCUUGAUGAGAUGAAGAUUGAAAAUAAUUACGAUAACUCUUCUCCAGACGACGAAGAAGCACUACAACCAAGCUACGUAUUUGAGUAUUUGGCAGCUGUCAUGUACCAACGUAGAUCAAAGAUGGAUCCACUGUGGAAUGCAGUGAUAGUUGCAGGUAUAGAAAAAGAUGGCUCUCCCUUCUUGAGAUAUGUUAACUUGUUAGGUGUCACAUACUCAUCGCCAACGCUAGCAACAGGAUUUGGUGCUCAUUUAGCUAUACCAUUAUUGAGGCGAGUAAUAGAUAAAGAAACAGACAUAGAAAAGACUGAUCUUGCACUAGCUGAACAAACAAUAAGAGAAUCUAUGAAAGUUUUGUUCUACAGAGAUGCCCGUUCUUCAAAGAAAUACUCUCUAGCGAUAAUAGAUAAAGAUAAGGGUUUAAUGUUUAAGCAAAAUCAAGAGGUUGAGAAUAUGUCUUGGAAAUUUGCGAAAGACAUUAAAGGGUAUGGUACUCAGAAGAUUUAA